UCCCUGGAUGGAAGGCAUUUGCUGGCUGUGUAACAAGGAAAAGGAAGUCCCAGAGAAGUCUCCCUUGCUUGCCCGGGAGGGGAGAACCAUGCAGGGCACAGAGGCUGGGAAGCCUAUAGUCAAAUUCAACCACUGUCAGAAGUCCAUCUACAGCUUCAGUGUGCCACCACGCUGUCCCCUCUGCAGGCAUGACGUAGGCUCCAGGAGGCUGGAGGAAGCUCCUAUCAGCAUCUCCAAUCCGUUUACCAACGGGCACCAUGAAAAGUGUUCAUUCCUCCUCAGACCCACUCAAGGGACCUUUCUUAGGGAGUAUGACGGAAGGUCUGAUCUGCAUGUGGGAAUAACCAACACAAAAGGAGUCGUCUAUAAUUACACGGUGCACGGUGUCCAGCGAGACAAAGCUGGCUGGGAGCAGAGUGUAAGCAUCCCGCUCCUGCAGCCUGGCAUGUUUGGACUGAUGGACCAGUGGGACAAGUACCUAGAAGACUUCUCCACUGCGGGGGCCUGGCUACCUCACAGGUAUGAAGAAGACCACCACAACUGCUACAGCUACACCCUCAUGUUCAUUAACUGUGUCCUGACCACAGAGGGCAAGGAGAGACUGGACAAGAAUGAGUUCACAGAGAAGUUCGUGGUCCCGAGGACAAGGAAGGCUUCCAAGUACAUCACACUCUACAGGGCGAUAGAAGAACAAGGCUUCUAUGUCACUGAUCCCCCUGAUCCUGGGAGAAGCCCACCUCCUGGGAGCGGCUCAUGCUGAGUGCAGAGAUGGCGCCAGGACGUUCUAGGCUUAUUGUCUUUAACAGCUACUAGGUCUCUAAUGUGUGAAGUGUGGCUAAUAAAAAAGUGUUGGAGCUUCCCUUUAUGCACAUUUCAACUUACUGCAGCAGAAGAAUUUAUGAAAUAAAAAUUGUCCUGGGUUUUCAAAA